UAGAAACGUUUUUGUUCGCUUGAUGUUCUGAAAUGUAUUCCUGUUGGUUCUUUUUCAGCGCCGGCUCGUCAGACAUCCCGGAGAAUAAGUCUUUUCCUGUGGGCAGCAAGCUUUGUGGGGGUGGGCAGAACCCCCUGCUCCUGAAUCCAGCCAGCUUGCAGCUCGCCCAUCUCCAGGCUCAGCUCACCCUCCACAGGUUAAAAUUGGCCCAGACAGCUGUGGGUGGGAACACGGCCGCAGCUGCCAGCGUCCUAAAUCAGGUCCUGUCCAACGUGGCCAUGUCCCAGCCCCUGCUGAACCAGCUGAGAGCCUCCAGCCUGGUCAGCACCCCUCACGGCCACGCGGGCGGGGCGCAGCUGGCCUCGGGGUUCCCCUCCGGCGCCCCGGCCUUCCCGCCUCCCAGCUCGAGGCCGGUCGGAGGGGGUCUCGGGGGCCUUCCGGGUCAGAACGCCGGCAGCCUCGGCCUGAAAGCAUACAGAGGCAGCGUUAAUGCAGCAUCCGGCCAGCAAGCCUCUCUGGGCCUGAUGGCCAGCAGCCGGUUCCCUUUAGACUCAGAGAGGCGGGGCCAGCAGGGCUUCCCUGGCGGGCCCUCCACCACAGCCAGCAAAAGCAGUGGCCAGAACCAGGCCAAACCCGGGUACCAGACUGGAUUUCAGAGGGACCGCUUUGGACCGGACAAGCAGGAUCAGCGGUCUGGUUUCACUGGGGAGCAGAGCCAGAAAGGUUUCAAAGCAGGCAACCACAAAGAGCAGCAGUGGCCCGCUCAGGCCGGCUCCAGCUCAGGGAAGGGGGACCCAGUCUCCAGCUCCAGGGGGAUGUGGGAGAGCUCAGGCCAGCCGUACUACCCCAGGAGCAGCGAGCUGUACAACCCUGAGGAGCCCACCUCGGACUCCAAGUACAGCCCCUUGGACAGGUCUGCCUGCGGCGCCGACUCCCAAGGGAUUGUGGGAUACCAGCAGAUCCAGCCGGGAGGCGUGCCCCUCUCGGGAGUGCCGGUGCCGCUGCAGGCCCACCAGCUGAGCGACUUCCACGCGGUGACUCCGCAGCAUCUGCCACACCGCUGCACCAUCUGCGACAAAACGCUCUUUAACCUCAAGGACUGGGACCAGCAUGUCAAAGGAACACUUCACCAGCAGAACCGAUUACUCUACACAGAGAGCCCUGUCGGCGGACCCCCCCACUUCCCAGCCUUUUCAGAUGGAGGUUUGCCCUCUUCAGUACACAAUUCCAUGCUGUUUUCUUCCGCUGCCAAUCAAGAUAUAUCCUCAGGACCCACCUCUGUUUAUUUACCUGCAGCGCCAAUGACAACGCUGUCUUUAACAGGAAAUGGAUUUACGUUACCUCACACAGGGUCAAAGUUUCUGCAGAGGAAGUCCGGCAUGGGCAGAGUCGUGCACAUCUGCAAUCUCCCAGAGGGCAGCUGCACAGAGAAUGAUGUCAUCAACCUGGGCCUUCCCUUCGGCAAAGUUACCAAUUACAUCCUAAUGCGGUCCACUCAUCAGGCCUUUCUGGAAAUGGCUUAUGUUGAAGAAGCACAGGCUAUGGUUAAAUUCUACCAAGCGAAUCCGGCCACCAUUAACGACCAGAAACUCCUCAUCCGAAUGUCAAAGCGAUACAAAGAGUUACAGCUCAAGAAACCAGGGAAGGACGUGGAGUCUAUUAUCCAAGAUAUUCAUUCUCAGAGAGAGAAAGGCGAAGUGCAGGAAAUUGAGCGUUACCCCCUGGAGCGGCCUCGGUCCCGCAGUCCAAUUGGUCGGUCUCAGAGCCCGCGGUCCCACAGCCCCAGUUACACCUCCUGCAGUUCCGCGCACAGCCCGCAGGGGGCCUGCCGCGGCGAGUGGAGCAACGGCCUGGGUGCCACGGGGGCAGCCUGGGACUGCUCUCCCCAUGGGCGCUGGGAGGAGGAGGGGGACGAGGCUUACUGGAGGAACGGGGACGAGGACACACCCAACGGGUGGAUGCAGGACAGGUGGAAGCCCCGCCUCCCGCCGAUGGACAGGUGGAGCUCCGCCCUGUCUGAGGAGAGGGCAGAGGGGCCGAGGAGGAGCAGGGAGAGGUACCCCAGGAGAAGCCCUUUGGGUCUCUCCCCGCCCUACAGAAGCAAAGAGGAAGACUUUUAUAAAAAGUCCGACAGGUCUCCCAGACACCCCCACCAGCAGCAGGAGGGGAAGUCAAACAGGAAGGACACGGAGGGCCGCCACAGGUCCCGGCAGUAUGAGUCAGAGGUGCUUGAUGAUUCUGCACCUGCAAGGACACCGGAAGACAGGAAGCAGACGUCCCCAGACAGAGGGCGAAGCAGGAAGUCAAGUCAGAGGCACACAACCAAUAGGGAGGAGGAGAAAGAACCCAAAAAUCAGGAUUUGAGCCAAGAGUGGUCCUCAAAGGAGAAGCCAGCAUCUCCUCAAAGAAAAGCCAAGGACACGGAGGUGAGACAAUGUGACAGACCCACAGACAGUGAGACCGAGGGAGGAGGGAGUGGGAAUGAAACAGAGGAGGAGGGCUGGUACCCUCAGAACAUGGAGGAGCUGGUGACUGUGGACGAGGUGGGGGGGGAGGAGGAGGACUCCAUCCCCGAACCGGACCUCCCCGAGGAAGAGGCCGAGGAGCUCCCCGGGACAGCGGACAGCGGGGAGCCCGAGAGAGAGGGGGUGCAGAAGGACAGAGAGGAGGGAAGGAUGGGCGCGGAUCUCCCUCCACAGGAACGCACAGGGGAAACGUCAGACACGCAGCUCAAACUCCAGACCCCCGAUUCGGCUGCUUCAGAACAGCAGGGGUCCGACCAGAGACAAGCCCCCAGACAGGACCUCGACGCUGCCUUAGAAGAGCCGCACUCGUGCACAGACACGCCCCUCACAGCGCAAGCGUCCCGACUGAACAAUGAGGACAGCAAGCCUUCGGGUGGCUCUGGUAGCUUAGCAACAGCAAAUCUAGCACUGAGCACCAGCGUUAGCAAUGACGUCCAGAGCAAGGCUGAACACAUUGGAGGCAUUCCGAGGACAGACGUCCUCAAUACAUCACAUGGGCUGUCUCCCAGCAACACAGAUUCAGAAGAUAAAAUGGCCACAUCGUCACUGUGGGAACAAGAUAAAGCGUUCACUGAGCACAGCAUCCCUCUGGGAGUGGAAUUCGUGGUGCCGAGGAGUGGGUUUUUCUGCAAGCUGUGUGGUCUGUUCUAUGCCAGCGAGCACACUGCCAAGACCGCCCACUGCCGAAGUACAGUACAUUACAAAAACCUGCAGAAAUAUCUGUCUCAGUUGGCCAGGCAGAGCGUAGAGAAUACAAGCACAGACCAGGGUGACCACCAGGGGCCUGAUCCCAUUCAGGAUAAGAGACCUGCUGCUGAUGGACUCAGCUGAAAAACUGCUGACUGAGAACCCGAGCUACGCUGAUUAAUUUCACAGGUGCCGAAGCCCAGGAUGUGGCGGAAUUCUGACAAACAGCUUUGCAUAGAAAACUGAGCAAGUGUCGAUAUUUUUACAUUAAGAACUUUAUUUUUUUUUUUUUACAAUAAAACUUAAAAAUAUGUUUGAUAAGAUUUGGUAUUUAGUGUCCUUCACCUGAUGACAUGACAACAGUAUGUUCUUUGCUGCAUACUGUAGAAUGGUGUAUGGUGAAGAAGAACAGUGAUGAUUGAGUUAUCUGGGUGAGCUCAGCUAGUGUCUGCAGGUGUCUGAUAGCCAUACUGUGUGGCUCAGAGAGAGAGAGAGAGUCUAAGCCUGUUUUAAGUUAAUGUGUUGAUCUUCAAAAAAAAUCAUACCACAGAACUGAUACCAUGCAAGCACCCAUUCCCCAGAGUUAUUACUUAUUCAUAGACAGAAUCUAACAUUCUGCACCGUUUACAUUCUGUCACUCUUACUUGCUUUUAAUAUCAGGAAAUAUUUCCCCCAUUCCGCCAAUUGUUACAUCAGUGAAGUGAAGUAUACAGAAUGUAUAAAUAUACUGUUUGUAUAAAUUGAUUCCAGAAGUCAAAUACUGAUGACAAAUGACAAAUAUUGAUAUAGAUUCCAUUUAGAUUCCAAGAAUUAAUUCAGUGCAAAAAGCUUAUAGACUGAGAGUGUUUCAUUAAUUCCAAACGAAUGCUGUUCUACAUGACAUUUGAUUUGGAUUACUGCAUAAAUUCAUCAAACUUUGAGAAAACCAGAAUGAAAUUUGCAACAUAAAUGAUUUGCAUGAAUCUUACACACACACACACACACACACACAGACACACACACACACACCUAACACUGGCAGUGCUACAGUGCAAUGUACAGUCCAGAAAGUCACACAUAUCGUCUCAUCAGAGUUCUAUUUUCAGUGACAUUUUAUAAAGUUAUUUGUGAGUCUACAUCUCAGAUUUUAUGAAUCCAGAAAUACUUAAGUCAUUCAGGGAUUACUGAAGAGAACCUUUUAUUCAGGGCUAUACCUGGAAUAAAACUUGAA